GCGUCCCCGUGAUCCUCAGCCCAGCGUCUUCGCAAGAACCGAAGCGAACAAUCCCGGGACCGAUAGAUUCCCCCACUCAUCCAGCAGGAAUGUGGAAAUCUGCAGUGGGCCAUAACGUCAAAGUGGAAGUGGAGAAGGAUGGGGAUGAUUGGGAAACAGAUCCUGACUUCGUUAACGACAUUUCAGAGCAGGAGCAGCGAUGGGGAGCAAAGACUGUCACAGGGUCAGGCCGGCCCCAGCACAUCAAUGUCCAUGAGCUGAGGCAAAACGUCUCAAAAGAUCAUGAGACCAUAAAGAAGAAAGAGCUGGAGGAAGGAGCAAAGGCAUCGUACGGAUAUGGUGGCAAGUUUGGGAUUCAGAAGGAUCGAAUGGACAAGUCUGCCUUAGGAAAUGAGUACGUAGCAAAUGUUGAAAAGCAUUCGUCACAGACCGAUGCAGCCAAGGGAUUCGGUGGGAAGUAUGGAGUUCAGAGAGAUCGGACAGACAAGUCUGCUGUCGGGUAUGAGUACAAAGGAGAGAUGGACAAACAUUCUUCCCAAAAAGAUUAUGCCAAAGGAUUUGGAGGGAAAUACGGAGUUGAAAAGGACAAGGUGGAUAAAUCUGCUCUGGGAUAUGACUACAAGGGAACAACUGAGAAACAUGAUUCACAGAAAGAUUAUGCGAAAGGGUUUGGAGGGAAGUAUGGAGUACAGAAGGACCACCAGGAUAAAACUGCACACGGUUGGGAUCAUAAGGAGGAGGUCAAGCUUCAUGAAUCACAGACAGAUUACGCCAAGGGCUUCGGUGGGCGAUAUGGAGUACAGCAGGACCGGAUGGACAAGAACGCUGCCUCUUUCACUGAGAUGGAGAGUCCAACCUCGUCCUAUCAAAAGACAAGGCCUGUAGAAGCUUCCAACAGUGGUGCAAGUAGCCUGAAGGCCAGGUUCGAGAACUUGGCUAAAGCCAGUGAAGAAGAGAACAAGAAGCGAGCGGAGGAGGAGAGGGCUCGGAGACAAGCCCGAGAGAAACAGGAGCGAGAGCAGGCACAAAGGAAGCAGCAGGAGGAAGUGUGCCAGGAGGAAGAGGCAGAAAUACAAGAACCUCCGAGAACAAAACAGCUUCCACCUAUUCCUCGAACCCGGGGUCAAAAAACAAUGAAUGAGCCAGAGCCAGAGCCAGAGCCAGAACCCCAGCCAGAGCCACAGCCAGAACCAGAGCCAGAACUAGAACCAGAACCAGAGCCAGAGCCUGAUGAAGCCGCAGUCUAUGACAAUCCUGAGUCUUGCCAGGAGCAAGUGACUGAUGAAGACUAUGAAAACAUUAUGGACUAUUCUCAGCAAACAGUGCCCAAGGAAAAUGUGGAUGAUCAGGGAGACUAUGAGGAGUUGGCACCAGUGAACACAGAGGCCGAAGCUGAUGCAGAGAAUAUUUAUGACGUUGCCAAUUCUGGUGUGACUGCAGUAGCUUUGUAUGAUUACCAAGGAGAGGGUGACGACGAAAUCUCCUUUGAUCCCAAAGACAUCAUUACAAACAUCGAGAUGGUUGAUGAGGGCUGGUGGCAGGGCCAAUGCAAUGGCAAGGUCGGACUCUUCCCAGCCAAUUAUGUGGAGCUGAUACAGUGAGCAUAGACCAAUGCAAAUGGAGUUUAUCUCACCUUUCUCUAUCAAUACCAAACCUCCCACAACUGGAUUUAAAACUUAUCAAGAUUUUAAUAAUAUUGCAUCUGCAAAACAUAAAUAAUUUCUUCUGCUUCUCAUUAAAACCCAAAUUCUGCUGUUUCUAUGAUUGAAAGAGUUACCACAUUGACAGAUCCCAGCAUAGAAAAUUUGAAUACCAACUAUCCCUGUCUGUCAGCGCUAAUUCAGAUCUACUUAUUCUAAUCUUAUUUCCCUGUAUCCUUUAUGUUUUCCUUUCCAAAUUCUUAUCUAAUUGCCAAACUUGCUGGCUUUGCCUGGGGAGCAAAUUCCUUGACUUUCCAUUUAUCAUUCUUCUAUUUAGUGUGGAAUAAUGAGUUUUCAGAUUAGAAUUGCUCACUACACAUUCGACUGAUGUUUACUCAGCUGCAAAUAAUGAAGUAUUUUCUGUCAGGCUCCUUGCGGUCUACUUUAUCUCAUGGUAAAACAGCUCCUCCAUGUAUUCCUCCUUCAGACACAAAAUUGAUGAAUAAACAUUGUGAUAACAUCUUGUUAUCAAUUAACUCCAUUGCUCCAUCUCUCUCCAUCUUCAAAGUACUUAACAUGGUUGACCGGAUGACCAGUUGUCUUGUACUGCAAGAUAUUGUUCCUUGAUCUGACUAUUUGUCCUAUGCCCCUUAGGAGAUUUGUCUUUUGUGCCCUAUUUCUGGGAAGACUGUGGAUUUGAUUUGAUUUAUUCUUGUCACAUGUACCUAAGUACAGUGAAAAGUUCUGUUUUGUGUGCAAUACAGGCAGUUCAGGUAAUUUUGAAGGUGGAACUAUAGUCAAUAAGUUGAAGCUUGACAUAGGUAUUUUUGUUAUCCACGUGCUCCAGGAAUGAGUACUAUAUAGGGUUAGGGAAAUGGAAGACUAAUACUCUGAGUACUUUUGUGUAUUUGCCUCUGUUUAUUUUCUUACUAAGCACCUUACGGCUAUCAGCCACCAGUGGGUUCUGUGAUCACCAGCAAGUUUUCUCCUCGUCCUGGUCCCAAGCUCAGAUGUGUCCUUUGCUUUAUUUCAUAUCAGUUGGUCACAUUUUGAAUUUUCCUCACUGACUUAUGAUCUAAAGUGACAGCAGAUGUCCCCUUUUAAUCACUGUAUUGUCUCUGACCCCAUCAACUGGUCAUUUUGCACUUUGGCAUUUCUUAACUGGAUAGCCUCAAAUCAUCGCUCAUGAAAACUUUGUGAUGAUGACAGCUACCUUUGUGCACGAGUGCAAACUACACUCCAUGUUGCUGAACUAACACAACGAUCAGGGACCUGUGAGGUUAGCUCACAAUGCUUCAAGUUGCUGGAAUUAUAAAUUGACUUUGCAUAUGCUGGAAAAGUGUUCAAAUUCUCAUUCAAUUCCUUUUUAAUUGUUAUUCUGGUGUCUGCCUGAAUAGCUCCUUGUAAUAAAACAUUCAUGUUUUAA